UUUAGCAGGUGUUUUUUUUUUUUUUAACAUGUCUGCGCCCAUGAGCGUUGCUAACGCCGCUGCAAACGGCGAUAUAACGCUCUUGAAAGAGAUUUUGAGGCAGGGUGCCAAUGUGAAUGAGAGAUCAAAGGAUGGAAUGACUCCCCUUGCUUUGGCUGCCUUUUGGGGGUAUGCUGAUGUAGUUGAAUGCUUGUUGCAGCAUAGAGCUGACAUUAAUGCUUGUAAUAAAGGCACACAGUGGACUGCGCUGCACUGUGCAGCAUUUCAGGGUCACGGAAAGGUCAUCAUGAAACUAAUGGAACACAAUCCAAGUGUUGAACUUAAGGAUAAUCAAGGAAGAACAGCUGUUGAUUUUGCUUCAGCAUUAGAUGCAAUAUGGCCAUUCUUUGCAGCUGCUGGCUGCAAGAGGACUCCCAAAUCAGAAUUGAUUAGACUAGAUAUUGUAAAAAGGGUCACACAUGUGGACCCCACUCUUCCGAAGUCAGAGAUGGCCCACUUCUCUCGGCCAGGGUCAGCCUACGUCAUUAAGGCCCAGCCUCUACAUGGGAACAGUUCAGGGGACACCAAUAUGGCUAUGGCCUCAAUGACCGGGGAUGUCCUAGCGGGUCUCCCAGAAGAACCCGACACCACAAGUUCAAGGACACCUCAUGUUCAUCUAGCAAUGUUCAAUAACUUCUGAGUGAUACUACAUCAACAGAUGAAUGACUAUGAAUGACUAAAUUUUAAAGGUUGGGGGGGGGGGGGGGUAUUAGUGAAAAGUUGGUGUAAACCGUACAGUGUACACAGUCUGUAAUAUUAAAACUAGAAAUGAUGGUGACAUAGGUCAGCAGAUUAUAAUAACUAAGAUACUGAAUACAAAUGUGUACCAUAUUUUCUGUUUUCCCCUCUGGAUGGUUUUUUUUCUGAAACAGUAUUUUUGAGUCUCCAUAUUUUUUCUCUUUUAUUUGCAUGUAAAAUAUCAUAUACAUUUUUAUUUGAAUUGUAUGCAAAAACAAAAAAGUGAAAAACUUAAACAAUUUUUCCAAUGAAUUUAUGGAAUUUUGUUUAUUUCGUUUUCAAUGAUAAUUACCUGGUAGACAACUGCAAAGUGUUUCAAAUAUUUAUUUCAGUUUAUAGGAUAUUAAUAUUCAUACAUGCCUAAUAUUGUGAAUUAUGUUGUCGUAUCUAGAGAAGCCUUGACAAUACUUGGACAUAAGAUUAUAUUUGUUUGUUUAUAUAAUUAUUAAAAAAUUAUGAUUUUUUAGUAAACUAUCCAUAAAAUUAUUGUAAAAGCUGCACCUGAGAU